AUGUUGCGGCCCUCUCUGCGGUCUGUCUCAGGCCCCCUGCGCGAACAUGUCUGCCUCUCCUGCCGAACUCACACUCGCCGCUUCCAUGUCUCGCCCCGCUGGCGAAAUGAACCUCCCCAGUCUUCUCCAACCGAGACUCUCCAUGAUUCGUUGAAGUCUUUGCCAUUCACAGGGACGCCACCGCCGCCUUCCGUUCCAGCAGGUAGCAAGCCACCGACAGAUGAAGCGAAACCCCUGACAGAAGAAAAUCAGUCACCGAAGGGAGCAGCAAAGAAACCGGAACAAGCAGCGAAGCCAUCGAAAAAAGCAGUGAAGCCAUCGGAAAAAGCGGCGAAGCCAUCGGAAAAAGCGGCGAAGCUCCCCAUCAGGAAGAUUAAGGCACAACCAGACAGCGGGUCUCUUUCAUUUCUCCAGAGCUCGGUCAUCGAUAAGGAAAUUGGAAGAAUCACUGCGGACGGCCAAUCCAUCAAACCCCUCGAUGUGCCAUGCCCCCCAGUUCCCCGACUCGCGUACGGGUUGGACCGGGUCUUGUUCAACCCCGGAGUUUACCAACUGCGCGAUCCCCGCUCCCGGGUCUACAACUUUGACCCGUAUCUAGGCUCCAUCAUGCCCGUCACCGAGUUCGACUUUGAUACCUUGAAGCCAUAUAUCACCUCGUCCAAGGACGUGCAGCUCCGCGACCUGGCAAGGCAGGAGAAGAAGAAGUAUAUUGGGUCGUCGUCCAGUAUGACCUCGGUCCUUUCACAGUUUCACUACCUCCUGUCGCAGUGGCGUGAAGUCAACACGGAGAGCUUGUCGCGCUCCUUUCCCGAGGACCUGAAGACUUUCACCAGGCUCCUGCGGGCACCCUCGGCUAUGUUUCUCCGCUACCAGGAUGGGGCCUACGCCAUCGAUGCGGACAAGGAACACGACACGGCAAACAUCCUCAUGAACCUGGGCAAGUCCAUGGAAAAGCUGUUGACGAUGCCCAAGGAGGAGUUUGAGCGCUACCGCCGAUCCAGCGAGAAUAAGAUCUCCGUCGAGGAGGAGCAGGCCAUUCCAGAAUCCUAUCACUACUCGACUGCUGGAGACUUCCUGAUGCGCUCGCAGCUCGACGCCUAUGACCCGCGACUUCCCGGUACCGGCAUGUUCGACCUCAAGACCCGCGCCGUGGCGUCGAUCCGCAUGGAUGCCAAGAACUUCGAGCAUGGCAUGGGCUACGAGAUCCGGAGCGCCCAUGGCAUGUUCGAGUCGUACGAGCGCGAGUACUACGACAUGAUCCGCGCAGCACUACUCAAGUACGCCCUGCAGGUGCGCAUCGGCCGCAUGGACGGCAUCUUCGUCGCCUUCCACAACAUCGAGCGUAUCUUUGGCUUCCAAUACCUCAGCCUGUCGGAACUGGACCUGGCCCUGCACGGCCAGGAAGACACCAACUUGGGCAAUCGCGAAUUUCUUAUGAGCCUGCAGCUGUGGAGCAAAAUCCUCGACCAAGCUACCGCCAAGUUCCCCAAGCAAUCCAUUCGCCUCCACUUCGAGACCCGCGAAGCCGUCCAAGAACCUUUCAUGUAUAUCUUCGCCGAACCGGUCACGGAAGAGGAAAUCCACGCCAUCCAAACCAAGAACCAAGCGGAGAUCGAUGCCUACCAGCGCCGCGUGCUAAAUCUGUCCGUCCCUGACGAAGCUGGGGACGCUGCUGCCGCCGCCGCCAUGGCCAGCGCCAGCGCUGAUGCUGAAGAGACUUUGAGAGAAGAAUCCCUGAACUCCGCCGACGAGUCAAAGCCGGAGCCGGAGACGCAGCCGGAGACCAAGACCGGGGCCAGCGAAAAAGAGAUCUUCGCCAUGACUCUCUCGAUCAAGAACCUCGUGAACGGGAAGCAGGUCCCGCGGCCCGAAAAAUUGAAGGCCUCGCAUCGUUGGUGUGUCAACUACGAAUUCCACCACAUUGGACAGGAACGCGCCCGGAAGUUGUACACCCUCUGCCAGAACCGCCGGGAGAAGGCCCUUGUCUUCCGCGAUGAGGAUGGCGAUGUACCGACCAGCCACUACAUCCGCAAACUCCGUGACAUCGCCUCGAAAGGUCGUCAAUACCGCAAGAAACAGGACCUGCGGGAUAGCACCGAAGAGCCUGUCAUCUUCGGACACUCCUCCUAG